GAGGAAGAAGAGGACGUGACGUAGCUGUGCUUGAUUUAAAAUGGCGACGAUGAGGCUUUAGAAGAAGGGAACACAAGUGACGAACUUAGAAACAUAACAAACUAAAGGGAAAAUUGCCGCUUUUACAAAGGAAACACCAACACUUGACAUAAGCCGGAUCUUUCUAAGGUUCAGACAUGACCGAGCAAGCCAGCGUCAGCUCGGAGGGCAUCGUGGGCCUGGAUGAGCCCAAGAAGAUGACCAGGGAGGACUGGAGGAAGAAGAAGGAGCUAGAGGAGCAGAGGAAGCUGGGAAAUGCUCCAGCUGAGGUGGACGAGGAGGGAAAGGACAUAAACCCUCACAUCCCACAGUAUAUUUCAUCAGUGCCGUGGUAUAUCGACCCAUCCAAAAGGCCCACGCUAAAGCAUCAGAGACCACAGACUGAAAACGAGAGGCUCUACUCAGCCAUUGGAGAUUGGUAUAAGAGAGGAGUACAAGAAAAUGCAGUUGUCACUAAAUUUCGUAAGGGGGCUUGUGAAAAUUGUGGCGCCAUGACGCACAAGAAGAAGGACUGUUUGGAGAGACCUAGAAAAGUUGGGGCGAAAUACACAGGCACAGGCAUAGCACCAGACGAACACACUCAGGUUCAGCUCUCGAUGGACUACGACGGGAAGCGGGAUCGCUGGAAUGGAUAUGACCCUGAGGAACAUCAGCGCAUCGUGGAAGAGUAUGCCAAAGUAGACCUGGCCAAAAGAACUCUGAAGGCACAGAAACUUCAGGAUGAGUUGGCCUCUGGAAAACUGGACCAAACUGAGUGGGAACAUGACAGUGAGGAUGAGGAUGAAGAUAAAUAUGCAGAUGACAUUGACAUGCCCGGCCAGAACUUUGACUCCAAGAGACGAAUCACUGUCAGGAAUCUUCGUAUCAGAGAAGACACAGCUAAAUACUUGAGGAAUCUGGAUCCAAACUCCGCCUACUACGAUCCAAAGACUCGAGCCAUGAGAGAGAACCCGUACUCCAAUACUGGCAUGAAUCCAGACGAAGUGGGGUACGCUGGAGACAACUUUGCACGCUAUUCUGGGGACACAAUCACCAUGGCUCAAACACAGUUGUUUGCCUGGGAGGCCUAUGAGAGAGGCUCAGAGGUGCAUCUGCAGGCCGACCCCACCAAGCUGGAGCUGCUCCACCGAUCCUUCAAGGUCAAGAAAGAGGACUUCAAAGAGCAACAGCGGGAGAGCAUCUUGGAGAAGUAUGGAGGUCAAGAGCACUUGGAUGUUCCAUCGCGGGAGCUGCUGUUGGCCCAGACAGAGGACUAUGUGGAGUACUCUCGUCACGGUGCUGUACUGAAGGGACUCGAGAAGGCCGUCGCCCGCUCCAAGUAUGAGGAGGAUGUGCUCAUCAACAACCACACUUGUAUUUGGGGCUCUUACUGGAAGGAUGGCUGCUGGGGAUACAAGUGUUGUCACUCCAUGGUCAAACAGAGUUACUGCACAGGAGAGGCUGGAAUUGGAUUAAACAAUUCAGAAUGUGUUCCAUUUGAAGAGGGAAUCGCUGAGCCACAGGAGGAGGAACAGCCCAAAACUCUGCUGGAGAUGCAUCGGGAUAAGAUGAUGAAAGAGAAAAAGAAGAAAAAGAAGAGUAAAAAGAACAAGAAGCGUGGCUCUGACAGCAGUGACUCAGAGGAUGAGGAGAAGAAGAGGGAGAAGUUGAGGAAGGCCCUUGAGGCAGAGGACAAACGGGUGAAGCACAUAGAAGCAAUAAUGCAACUGGAUGAGAGGAAGAGGCCGUACAGCAGCCUGCAGGAAGUGAAGGCGCCCACCGAGGAGGAGAUGGAGGCCUUCCGCAUGAAACGCAGCCGGCCAGAUGAUCCCAUGGCUUCCUUCCUGGGACAGUGACCUCCUCACCUAUCCCUGCUGACCCCCCUAAACUCUCCCCAUGGACACUACCAGAGCAGUUGCUCGGUGAAAAAAAAAGUCUCCGACUCAUAAAACUCGACUCUCAUCUUGUAAACUUUGAGCAGGAGCCUGCUGUUUGGUUGCAAAUGCUACAGAAACUGUGUACAGUAUUUUGUUAAUUUCGUAUUGCACAUUUCUUGUUUUUGAAGCCACAGGUCGACAAACCAUAGGACAGUAACGAUGUGUGAUUUAGUUUGUACUUAACCCAGUUCAACAGAAAAUUAAAUGUAAAAAUGACAAUAUUCAGAGGUACUUUUAAACACAUUUCAGUCAAAUACAAACUGGAGCUGUCCUCAGUCUUUACAGUGAUUUUAGCAAGUACUCUUAGUAGGGUUAACGCUUUUUAUAAAUAAAACAUAUUUGUCAGAAUA